UGGCCGAGUCGCUGUCAGUUGUCAGCUUUCGUUGUGUUAAAUGUCAAACAAAUAUGAAAAUUGGGAAAUAAUAUUUUCCAAUUUUUUUUUAUUAAAUCUACAUAAAAGAGCUCCAGCAUGUUUCCUAUGAUAACAUAACAUGUAGUUAUUUCAGCCACGUAACUUUAUCAGUACCAGAUACAAAAUGUAUCUCUAAUAACUGUAUCUGCGGUAUAUUCCAUUUGCCUGAUUGGUGAUUAUUGAUUCGGGGUGAUAAUUUAACUGCAGCUAGUUUAAAUUACUCUUUGCAUAACAGGCCAAUUAAAAGAUGGAAAAAUCUUUAGAAGAAACUCUUUUUCAAGCAAUAACUAUGAAUGACCACAGUUCUAUUUCGCAACUUUUGUCUCAAGGUGCUAAUCCUAACAAGACUGUUAGUCAUGGCAAAACUUGUUUAGGAGAAGUUGCAUACUUGGGAAAUAUUGCGAUAUUAAAAUUACUCAUUGCUGCUAGUAAUUCAACAAAAAACCAGAAUAAAACACCAUACCCAGUCAACCCAAGAAAGCGUGUAGUUAAAUGUCAUAAGCGCAAAAUUAAACAGGAGAGCUCAAAUGGUGAAAGUGCUGUGAAAUUUAAAAAUGUUAGCGAUAAGAAGUUCAAAGACUAUUGCGUGGGACAAUACGAAGCAAUUGGUAUUGUGGAAGAGGGUGUGAAGCCUGAUAAAAACCAAGGGUACUUUGUGUUCAUUCAUAGUGAUGGGUCUAGUAGUGAUGAAAGUAGAUUUUCUGGUUUGAGAGCACCACUAAGCCCACCAUCACUCACACCCUCACCCCAAGCAGAUUUGGAGUGGGAUGAGGAUAUUGGAACUGUUGCAGCAACAACCAGUGAAGAUGAGACUUGGUCUUCAAUGUACAAGUGGUAUGCUGCUAUAUUGGAAUGUACAGGGGCAGCUAUAGCAUCAGCUUCAGUAGUGAGCAAUGGCAUUGACCAACAAGAUGCCUUUAUGAGGACUGCACUGCAUUAUGCUGCAGAACAAGGACAUCUAUCUGUAGUGAAGUUAUUAAUUGAAGCCGGUUGCAAAUUAGAUGUAACCGCUGGGGAUGGGCUGACACCUCUUCAUGUGGCGGUUGUCAAAAAUCAUGUUGAUGUAGUCCGGACACUACUCUCGGCUGGAAGUCAUGUCAAUUAUAAAACACAUGAAAAGAUGACACCACUGCAUUUUGCAGCAUCAAGAGGUUUCUUAGAAAUAGUAAGAAUUCUAGUCAACAAUGGUGCCUAUUUAGAAGCAAGGGACACAAACGAAAAAACCGCAUUAUAUUUGGCAGCCGGGAGGGGUCAUUUGGAUGUUGUAAAGUACCUUAUAUCUAAUGGAGCCAAUGUAAAUGGGGAAGAAAUUCAUGGUUACACACCAUUGUGUGAAGCAGUUUGGCAAAGAUUUGACACGGUUGUAGAAAUAUUAUUGACUUCAGGUGCAAGAAUUACGCACUCACACAGAUUGUUGCAUAAUGCAAUAAUACAGAGACAGGAAGAGAUUGUUAAAAUGCUUACUAAUUUUGGUGGAGGAAUAAACUUACAUAAUGAUAAUGGAGAUACUCCAUUAUUGCUGGCAGCUCGUUUGUCACAGCCAGCAGUGGCUAAACUUUUACUCCAAAAAGGUGCAAAUGUGAAUUCCUGUAACAGUAUUACAGGCGCCAGUGCACUCCACUUGGCGGUGGAAAGUGUUGAUUGUCCACUCGAGUUUGAGGAAUUGCUCAAAUGCCUACUAGAAUAUAAGAUCGACAUGAAUGCAACCGCACUUACGGGAGAUACAGCUUUAAACAGAGCAUUGCUGUUGCAGAAAGACCAUGCUGCCGUUCUACUGAUAAGAUAUGGCGCCGACGUAAACACCUGUGAUUUGCACUCCUGUGGCUUGGACAAUUUGUCCAUUGCAAGUAGGAGACGUUCACACACUCUUGCUCGCAUGCUACUUAAGGCUGGACAUUAUGUUUCUGUACCAGAUGUAAUUGCAACUGUUCCCAAACCAGGAACCACUGCAAAUUGGUUAUAUUACGCUUGCAAACAACCCUUAACGCUUUCAGAUCUGUGUAGAAUUAAAAUUAGAAAUCUAAGUAAAAAUAAGACUUUGUUUUGUUAUAUAUUUUCCCUACCUCUGCCAAAGAGUUUAAAAAAAUUUCUAAUGAUGGAAGAUGAAGGUCAGUAAACAUAAUAGUAAAUUGUGCUUAUAAUAAUUGCAAUAUAAUAAAAAGUAAUAUAGCCAUCCAUUUAUUAAGAAUAUCCACAAAUAACGAAUAUUUAUACUAUCAAUAAAACACAAUUAUAACCAUCUACUUUUUAUUACUUGGUAGUCAUAGUAUAAUAUGUAGUACAAAGGUAUAUAAUAUGUAAGUGACACAUAAAAUUAUUUGUUGAUUUUCGAUUAUACAUUAUAUGUGAUACUAAUGGUUCCAUAUAAAAACGUCUUAGUGGAUGUUUAAGGUUAUUAGUUUAUAAAACAAUAUCUACUUACUAUAGAACCAAUUGUUUUCAAUAACAAUAUAUUAAAUCUACAAGAUCGUUUAAUGUUUGAUUUAUGCAUGUGCAAUUUGUAUUUAUUCAGUACCUACUGCUAUAAGACAUUAUGUAUAGUUAGGUAAUAAUAUUCUGUCUAACCAGAAAGGUAAUCUUAGAUAAAAAGGAGAAAUAUAAAAGCUAAUUACUAUAAAAUGAUAUGAUUUUUAUUUUAAGUUAAAAUUGUUGGAAUUUAUGGCUACAAUUUACAGGGUGAACAAAUUUUAAAGUACAAUGAGUCGAUGAUGAUUUUCAGAUUAUUUUUAAUGUUCUCAUAUUAUUACUAUAUGUACCUAUAUUAUGUAUAAAGAAUAAAUUCUUGAAACACUUGUAUUGUUUUCAGAACAAGAAAUACAUAAAUAUUUAAAUGUAACAGUUUUAUUAAUGACUCUAAUUUCUAAUUGUUUAAGCAUUUGGACAGGUCAGACAGAAGGUAAUAAAUACAUAAUACGGGUAAGGAAGGUAAGUAAUAUUUUCAGUCAUGUUUUCUAUGAUACCUACCUCUUCUUUGAUAUUAGUUUUGGAUGGCUCUGCAUCAUUGCCAAUUUGUUCUAAAUAUAAAUACAAUUAGGUAGGUACGUCCUACGGCCGAUUUAAUUUCACAGUAGAUCCGAUGAUAACGGUUAUGGAAAGUUUAUUGCAAUAGACCGUGAAAAUUACUUAUCUAUCCUAAGGAUUUUAAAACUACAAGUUUUAGUUUUGGGUUUCAAAAUCUACUUACUUUACAUUCACGGUCAGCCACAUGUUGUUGAACAAAUUCAAACUUUAAAUCGUCUAUACACUUUUGUGUUUUUCCAAACAUUUAUUAUCCCCUCCCAAAAAUUAAAUAUAACGUAUUUAUAUUACUGUACACACACAAAUAAUAGUUUUUACGGGUGUAGGCAAUUUGAAGUUUUGAAUUUCUUCAGCUACUUAUGGGGCUGACCGUACAUACGUAGUAUAAAAGUGCUCACAAAGUGGAAGGCAAUAAAAGCAUUUCAAUGCUUAAAAACCACUACUGAAAACAGAUCUUUCUUACAUAAUAUUGUAAUAAUUUCUACAGAAUGUUCAAUGAGCUAUUUUAGAUUCAAAAAUAGUAAUGAAGUAAGUAUAUAAAUAAUAUUC